UGUGUCUUAUUCAUGUCAUUUUUUUAAAUUUUUAUGCAAAAUAUAUUGUUCUUAUAAAUGUCUUUUGAUGAGUCGUUUGUUUACGAUCGUUGGGAAAUCCGAUAAAAUGCAGUUUGCUUCUUUUUUUCCAAGUUUGUAGGAUUUUGUAAACUUGCAGUUACUACCCGUAUUCCGCCGUUUCGUCCCACUUUCUUCGCCCUAGUCCUGAGAAUGUAGGUCUCCCCACUAAGUGUCUGUCACUGCUACCACCAGGUAAUACCUCGAGAUCGUGGGAGGGAGUUGUACACGGAUGUCAUACUAGCGCUAACACAUUCAGUCGUUCGAUCGGCUACUAGUUCGGUUUGUUCAACUAAUAGGUAGUGCCUUAUAAUUAUGGACACACCGUUCGCGCGCGGGAAAUCCGUCCAGUCGAUCGAUUCUGGCGAACGGUAUCGGUCAAGUUAAGGGUGUCAAUUCCAUUUUUUAACGGACAAUUUUUGUGUGGAGUUAAAAGUAUCACCGCAAAAUUUACAGUUUUUCUUCCAUAAAAAUACAUAUAUGAUGUGCCAAAUAAUAUUUCAAGUAACGCGACGGGAAUGUUCUUCAAAAGAUCGCUAUACGUUUCUAGCAGAUGGCUAGAUAAUGUUCGUAUUUGUACGAGGACUUCGAAUAAAAAACUUUAUGCAUCGUAAAAACAAUUUUAAAACAUGUGAUAUGAAGAACUUAAGAAACUAUAAAACCGCGUGUUAUGCGGCAAUUACAAACGUGGAUCGCACGAGUUCAUUUAUACACACGUGGCACACCACAUUAUUUUCAAAUAAUGUAAUAAAUAGAACGAAGAUAUGUGGAGAUCCACAAUAAAUUGACUUCUAUCAAUUGUUGAUUGAUGUCAUAAAUCACUUGCGGUGUGCAAUCACUCUCUAGAUGCGAAUAUAUUUUCAUAAUAAAACGGAAGGAAGAUCGAUAGUUUGAAGGAAAAAAUGUAUUCGGUGUGCUUAACGGCUUUCCUCGUCGUGUCGAUAUGCAGCUUGACCGCUCAGCAGCCAACGUUCUUCUUCAGAAACACAUUCAAGGGGUUGAGCGGCCUCACACCAAGCGUCGUUGCACUCAUGAAAGAUGAGAUACGAGCCGUUUAUUAUCACGAACAGACAGUGGCGGUGGUCGAUCUCGGACCGAGAAAUGAACUACAUGAUUGUAAUAUAAUCGAAGUAUAUGAGCCGUCCGAGGCUACAGAAGUUUUGCGAAAUUUAUCUGUGACUUUACAUCCACAAGUGGUGUCCUUCCAGGAGAUAACGAGACUCAUGCAACAAUGUCAAUUGUUGGACAAAUUACAGGUGGAGGCCACAUCCACUUUGCCUACAAACGCAUUGAGUAGAGGGACUCGCAUAGCCGCGAGUUCCAUAACUCUGUUUUCCGGCAUUCUGCCAGGCACAAAAUGGUGCGGCACGGGCGACAUAGCCGAAAAUUAUCAUGACUUGGGCGAUUUACCUCAUAUUGACAGAUGUUGUCGUAAUCAUGAUCUCUGUCCAAUAAAAGUACGAGCCCAACAGACCCGAUACAAUCUCACUAAUUAUUCAAUAUUCACUAAAUCACAUUGUACUUGCGACCAAGCUCUUUAUCAAUGUUUAAAGGCUGCUAACCAUCCAACGGCGAAUUUCAUGGGACAAAUAUAUUUCAAUAUUGUUAAAGUGCCGUGUAUAGAAGAUAUCGGAAGAAAUCGAUAUCCAUUAAGAAAAUUCGUACCUGUAAAAAGGGAAUAUUAAUUACAAGAUACUAGCAGCAUAUGUAUAUAGAUAAAAUGUGUUAUAUUUAAAAUAUAUAAAAAAACUCGGUAUAUAUAUACU